CCUAAAAGAAAUUGUUUUCCUAAAUAAAAUCCAAAGAGAACUAGAAAACCAAAAUAUUCCCCCGAACGUCACAAAGCCUGAUACACCCUCCCAGUCACGUGCCAUUUUGGCGCCCAAAUGUUCCCUCUCCCUCUCUUCUCCUUCCCCCUUCAUUCAACGCCCACAUGCAACUGCAAUCCUCAAGAUACACCAAAACCAGAGCAAAUUGACACACAGCCCACAAAAACCAUGAAGCGACGAAUUUCCGAAACUGCACCUGAAGAUCCAUCACCGAUCCGAACUCUACCACCGCUCCGGAACCUCCAUGGAGUUAGGAGCUCCGAUUCCCGAUUCCCCAAUCCAACAUCCCGCCGACCCAAAGAUUUUAGCUGCAAGAAAAGAAUGCAGCUCACAGAUGCUGGUGUUGUUAGUCCUGUAAGAAUGUUGAAGGCUUCAAGAUCUGAUGACCCCAAAACUUCAGAGUUUGCAUUUUUUAAGAAGUUAAAGGGAAACGCAGGCCACAAGCUUCAUUCGCAUAGAGACGAUAACCAAUCUAAGAAGUUCCAAGUUAGUGGUUGUUCUGGAGAGAGGACCAACAGUGUAAAAAAUAGCUUCAAGGACUUCAGGUCCUCGUUGGUCACUCAAAACAUUACACCUAUUAAUUUUAGGUCAUCCCUCUCACCUCUUAGCGGUGCAUCAAAGAACACAGAGGUAACUCCAAGGGAAGAUAGUACAAUCUCAAAGGAUAUAUGCAGCAUAUGGGAAAACAUUGAGACAUAUAGCAAUGCCAUGAAUCCUGGGGGGGCCCAGCACAUGCACGGAGAAAUCUUUUCUAAAAAGAGACAGAAACUACGCCAACGGGUUGUGGAGACAUCGUAUCCUCAUAUUGAAGAACUCUGUUCAAAGGGGUGCGAUUUUGUUUCUCUGCUUCUCAACCGCCUGUUCCCUGAGGACAAUGAAAACAGUGCUUUUAAGAAUUCAAAGCCUGGGGAGGUAGAUAUUGAUACCAAAUCUCAGUCACUUGCCUCUUUGGAGGCAGAUGUUCAGCUUAAAAAACUAGGCCAUAUACCUGCAAGAAACUCUAUGGAGCUUGACUAUUGCUCACACUUGGAUGAUGGUCCAUCUUGUUGGCUGAACAGAUCACAAGAGUUGGUUCCCUCAAAUUCCUACUCUCCCAUUAGUGACGUGUUAACAUGUCUCAAGUAUGAAAUCAGGGAACCUGGAUAUGAAUUUGGAGGAAGAACUCCAGUUAUAUGUGCUGACAGUGAUUCAGCUUAUGGCUUUCCAUCUAAAAGAUAUGGAUCGUUUGCAUGUAAUCAUCUCAAAGAACUGGAUGAAGUACAUGAUCCAAAUGAAUUAUUUAUUUGGCAGGCUUUUAAGAAUUCAAAGCCAGGGGAGGUAGAUAUUGAUACCAAAUCUCAGUCCCUUGCUUCUUUGGAGUCGGAUGUUCAGCUUAAAAAACUAGGCUAUAUACCUGCAAGAAACUCUAUGGAGCUUGACUAUGGCUCACUCUUGGAUGAUAGUCCUUCAUCUUGUUGGUUGAAUAGAUCACAGGAGGCAGUUCUCUCAAACUCCUACUCUCCCGUUGGGGAUGCCAUAGCAUAUCUCAAGUACGAAAUCAGGGAACCCGGAUAUCAAUUUGGAGGAAGAACUCCAUUUCUAUAUGCUGACAGUGAUUCAGCUUAUGGUUUUCCAUCUAAAAGAUACGGAUCUUUUGCAUGCAAUCAUCUCAAAGAACUGGAUGAAGUACAUGAUCCAAAUGAAUUAUUUAUUUGGCAGGCUUUUAAGAAUUCAAAGCCAGGGGAGGUAGAUAUUGAUACCAAAUCUCAGUCCCUUGCUUCUUUGGAGUCAGAUGUUCAGCUUAAAAAACUAGGCUAUAUACCUGCAAGAAACUCUAUGAAGCUUGACUAUGGCUCACACUUGGAUGAUAGUCCUUCAUCUUGUUGGUUGAAUAGAUCACAGGAGGCAGUUCUUUCAAACUCCUACUCUCCCAUUGGGGAUGCCAUAGCAUAUCUCAAGUACGAAACCAGGGAACCCGGAUAUCAAUUAGGAGGAAGAACUCCAUUUCUAUGUGCUGACACUGAUUCAGCUUAUGGUUUUCCAUCUAAAAGAUACGGAUCUUUUGCGUGCAAUCAUCUCAAAGAACUGGGUGAAUUACAUGAUCCAAAUGAAUAUUCGAUUCAAAGAGAGCAACAUGCUCUUCUUCUAGGUUGGGACUUUGACGAGGGUAUAGAUAAGAGAAACUUAUCUAAUACUUGUAAAAAUACAGAGCUGAGUGUGUAUUCCCCUUCAUCAAGUUCAUGGGGUGAUGAUCAUCAGCACAUAAUGAAUGAUAGGUUUGGUGAGAAUGAGUUCAGUAAAUCAUCCUUCCUAUCCAUCUGUUCUCCCAAGGUUAUUCCAUUACCACGGUCCCAGUCGCUGUUGGCCAGCUAUACUGAUCAUGAUUUUGGAAGACAUGUUAUUGGAGACGAGGAAGAUAUAUACACAGAUGUUAACCAUUUUCCUUUAGCUUUAUCGCUUACACCGGACUAUCUUAAUCUGGCUGAAGAUUGUAAGAAUGACACUGAAUGCAAAGAUAAUAGCAUCUUCCGUGCUCCUCAAAAUCUCCAUCAUAUAAUGAGCAAGGUUUUCAGUAAGACGUAUCAUUGUCCUGGUAUAGAAGGUUCCCUCUUUUCCUCUGCACUUGGAUUAACUGGUUCCUCAAGGGAGCAUUAUUCACCUUUCAAUUAUGCUCUUCAAACACCUCGAAAUGAAGGCACGUCUUCACGCUUUCUACUUAAAGACAAGAAUGAGAGUUGCCUGGAUGGUUUAAGUCAUAGAGAAACCCCGAGUCAUUUCGGUGAAGACAUUAUUAACAUCCUUGACUGUUCAUCAUUUUAUUUCCAGAUACCUCUGGACAAAGAAAAGGCAUGCCCUUUGCUGCUUAAUCAAUCAAGCUGGGAUGGAAAUUAAAGGACAACUGCAUAUGAUGAAGUGAAGUCAUUUACAUUUGAUGCUACCAAGCAUUUUAGUAGCCCCUUAAUGCUUUGUUUAUGGUGACCUGAUGCUGCACAAAGUUGCCCCCAUAGCUCCUCUGUCAUUGAAGAUUUUAGGUGUCACACCCCAAAUCCCAAACCAAUUGAUACAACAUAGCCAGUUACAAUUUUGUGUUGAUGAAAUUUUUUUAGUUGUCUGGUUGUUUUGUACCAAAUAGAGAUUAGGUAUAAGGGUAUUUGGGUGUAUCUUGAUCAUUACCACAGCUUAUAUGGUCUAUCAAUUGAUGUACAAAUGACUAUAUACAGUUGCGGCACGAUCUUGCUUUCAGGUUUGGAAAAGAAAAGGAAAUAACAAAGCAAAUUUCAAGA